UCAAGAAGCCAUUACGCUGCGCAAUUCAGUCGGGGGGAAAACAACUUACUAAUUUUACGUAUUUUACGCAAUUUUAUAGUUUACCCCCUAAGCCCAAUAAACACCCAUAAUGGCAUCUCAAGCCAAAAAGAGAAAAACAAAUUUCUCCGAAAGGGAGGUGGAGAUCAUCGUGGAGGAGAUGGAGAAGCAAAAACACAUUUUGGUGAAUCAUUUUAACGCAGGCGUGACGCACAUCGCGAAGAACAGCGCGUGGAUGGAGAUCCUGAAGCGCGUGAACGCGGUCACCACCUGCCAGCGCGAGCUCGCCGAGAUCAAGAAGAAAUGGUCCGAUCUGAAGACGGAGGUGCGGCGCAAAGUGGCCCAGGCGCGGGCGGCCAUGGAGGGCACGGGCGACUGCACCACCGUGCCCGUUAUCCUGACCUCCAUGCAGCAGCGCAUCUGUAAUCUGCUGGGCGAAGCGACUAUUAUUAGUCUGCCGGCGGCGGAGGCGGGUGAAGCGGGCGCGGCGAUCACAGUGCCCAUCAGCUCCGCCGCCACCGUCACAUUAACGCAAAGCAUUCAACCAGCGGCUGCAGCGUGUGAGAUUAAAACUCUCGAAGCAGAGGCGACGUACCACACGCUGGAGGAAGGCAUGGUGGAAUACUGCACCACGGAGACGCCCGUGGCCGUCACUGCAGAAGCCCCCGUAGAGAUGCUCGCGGCACAGGCCGAGUGUUCGGCCAAACCACAGGAACUGAAGAGCCGCAUCGCACUCAACUCCGCCAAACUCCUUCAGGAGCACCGCGUCACCAACCUGCACAUCCGUGAGAUCGGCCAACACCUGGAGAACCAGAACGACCUCCUGCAAAUGAUCCGACGCUCUCAGGAGGCCCAGGCCUGCGCCCAGGAGAGGCAGGCCCAGGCUCUGGAGGGCACACAGGCCGCCCUGCUCGCCCUCAUUCAGAUGUUCAGACCAGCGCUGAAGGACUUGAGAAAGUUUCUACAGAACGCAAACGUUGCGACUGCUGCAGAGACUGGGGAGGGGGUCGAAAAUGUGCCAGCGCAGACAGAACAUGGACAAUAGACCAGAAUACUGUAUGUGUGUGCGUUUGGCUUUCUGAAUGUGUUUGUGUGUGUGUUGGACAGAUGUGGUCUUUAGGAAUAGACUGUCCAUUGUUGUACAAGAGAGUGCACAGUGCCUCCGAAAAUGAUGAGAAAAAUGGGUCUUUUACUACAUUUUAAAAGAAAUGUCAAAAUAUGUAAUAUACACGCUUUUACUUAAAAGCUCAUUUUUCUUUUGAUUGUGUAUGUAUAUAUAUGUUUUUUUUUGUACUGUAAGUCUGCAAGGUCUUUCUGUUCAGAGCCUGGGGUUCUUUUUUUAUUUGGCUCACUUAAAAAGCAAUUAAAUAUUGGUGUCAUAUUUUUUGUACAGUUGCAUAAAACGAAGAAAGAAUUGUUUGCAUGGAAAAUCCCCCCCCAAUUGUUUUCUAGGUCAAAGACUAUAUCAAAAUACAAUUUCUACUGUUUAUGUGUCAAAUUUGAACCUUCUGGAGAAGGAAAAUGCCUCUAGUUACCUGUCGUAAGGCCUUUAAAGACUUAGUGGAGGUAUUUGUUUCUUGUAGCUGUGUGGCAGACAACUGACAAAAUCUAAUUUAAGCAUGCUAAAUAAAGAGACUCUUCACACUCUUGUAUGAGCCUAAAUUUGGCAUUUUUUGACUCAAAGCACACUCCUAAAAAUAAAGGUUCCUCAAUGGUUCUUUGCAUGACCAUACGUUGCCAUUGUUUGUGUUAUAUAUGUUUUUUGGAGAUAAAAGUUCCUACAUUAUAGGUUCUUCGGAUCAGUAUGUAUUAGUUCAUGGGUUAAUUAAAGGCUCACCCAAAAAUAAAAAUUCUCUCAU